GGUUCCGCUCUUGUAUAUGCUAUAUUAAUAAUGUUUGGCGCAUUUCGUCAGUCACUUGUAGCUCAAGGUGGUCUCCUUUGGAAGAACCCUUUUCGCAUGUCCGGCACUCGUAAAGCCAACGUACGCAAGAGACUCAAGGCUGUCGACGAUGUCAUCGCUACCGUAGCAGAUUCCGGCGUUCGUUGCAAAGCUUUAGAUAAGGCCUUGGCACUUCCUAAAGAAUCCGAAAUGCACCCUCGCGACAAGUAUACCGUCUUUAGCAGAUACGCACGAGGUCACCGCAAGUCGCUUCACAAAGUACCAAAAUUCACCAAGAAGACCGAACGAACGAGCCCUGUUGGUUUCUAGAUGUUAUAUCAUUACCUGUACAAAAAGCAAAAACAGAUCCAGUAUGUAUUGUAAAAAUACAUUCCAUGCUCAAUAAAACAUUCUCGACCUGCGCCAGCCAUUUUCCCCCUAAAAUCGUCACCACAUACGAUAUUCAAUAUAUACGUUCAACGAGUCAUUAGUAAUCGAAGGAACGAAGGGAGCAUGUUGGUGGAGUAACACGCAAUCCUUUUUUAAUGAUAGCUUGGGCCUGUUAUUCAUCGCUUGUGAUAUACUGUAGGUGUGAUGACCUGGCGGUCGAUUUCGUUGCUUGGAUAGCGUUGUAAGAGUAGCUUUGUUCCAUCAUUAUGAUUGUUACAUGAGGGCAAACAUGCUGCUUUGUGGUUUAAAGAGCUGCUACAUAGCUAAUGUUAAGCAAACUCAGGGUAUUUGGAGCGAAGUAGAAUGACCUUUCCG